UAACAAAUUAGUUUCACACAAGACAGCUCGCGUUUGUUUUACUAAAGACGUCUUAUAUUCUACAAAUACCAAGAUGUAUUCAGAGGCUGUAAGAUGAGACAAAAAGUCAUAAUGUGGUGCCGUUUUCUUACAUUUUGUGUAUGUUGUGGCGAAGACAUUGAAAAUGACCAAGUGAUUUAUGAAAAUUUUGGUAAUAACUUCUUGAGGGAAAGAUUAAUUGGUGCUGAAAUUGUUGAAUCAGAUAAUGUGACGUUGUAUGAUGCGGAAGAAGUGGAGUCUAUGCUAGAGAAUAUAAAAGAUUUAUUAAAUGUUCAUGAUCCGAAAAUGAGGGAGGUGAUAGAGAAAGAUAAAGCAGACAAAGGCACAAAAGAUUUUGACGAAACUUAUGAAAAUGAAACAACAGAAAUAUCUGUGACGAACGGUAUAACUGAAGAACAUACCUGAGCAACAGCGUAUACAACUGAUAACAGUAUAAACCUGGGUUUAAAAGAACAAGACAACGAGAAAAAUGGGAUUUAUUCUCAGCAAUAAUAUUUAUGCCAUUUGCCGAAAAUGUAUUUAAGUUAUUGUUUAAGUAUACUAGUUAAGUAAUACUCCGUUAUAACAGAAUAAUAUCAUUUUAAUAUAAUUGAUUACUAUCCUUUAGAAGUAUUCGAAAUGUUAAAUUAUUCAGAAUGUUUUUCGUAGUGCUUAAAAUACAUGGGUAUAUGUUCUUAUAUUAUUAGUUUUUGUAAUUGAAUGCGGAAAACCUGCUGUAUAUGCUAAACAGUAUCAUGAUGAGUAACGUUGUCAAUGUACGCGUAAUUUAUAUUAGAUACCUAAUGCUGAAAUGUUUAUGUUUAUUAAAAUUAUGUACGAUAACACAUUGCCAGAUUAACAGGA